CGAAGAAAUUAUGUCUUAAUUUUGUUUUAAAUUCAUCGAGCUUGUGUUGUGCCAGAUUUGCAUUGCAUUUCCAACUUCCUAAUUAAUUAACAUCUUGAAGUUUAAAGGUUAAUUUUGGCAGCCGUAGCCAGUUUCAACAGACCACAAAACUUGAUAGAUUCCAGAGAAUUCAUGGCCGAAUAUCUCGUAGAAAACCGUUUUUUUGCAUUAUGUACCUUACAAAAAAAACCCUCAAUCUAUACAAAGCUUCUCUCUCCCCAACCACUGUAAUUCUUUCAUAACUAAUGGUUUCAUUUCAUAUAUAAUACACAAAGGAUCAAAGCCGUUUUCUGCUCUUAUUCUUCUAUAGGUGAUAAAGGGAUCAAAAUUGUUUGCAACAGUUUCUUCUUGUUAUGAAUUUAAAGCAGCAGCAACACUGGUCAUGAAUCUUGACGUUCAAUGGAAAUUAAUAACGUGGCGUAUGUGAGAAUAAAAGAAGACGAAACAGGAGCAGAAGAAGAACUCAAACAAGAACAAGAACAACGUGGAGAAGAAAAUUCUUGCAAUUCCCAAGUUGAGUUACCUUUGCAGGAAGAACCCUUACCUCAAAUCCCUACCAACGAGAAAUCAUGGAAUCGGCUACUUAAGUUGAUCGCAGUUGGCAUCUCUUCAGUCAUUGUGGUCAUAGUUGCAAUUAAAUGGAUUGGACCCUUUGUGUUCAAAAAGGUGGUUGUUCCGGCUUUACAAUGGGAGGCCCAUGCGUUUAACACCACCGAGAGAAUAAGUGUAAUCUUAGCUACCUUAGCUGUAUUUCCAACCAUAUGUUUGCCAUCUACACCUUCAAUGUGGAUGGCUGGAAUGGCUUAUGGAUAUGUAAAAGGAAUGCUACUGGUCAUGGCCGGGGUUUCUGUAGGUGUAUCGUUACCUUACUUUGUUGGUUCUGUCUUUCGCGCCGAAAUUCAACGGGUGUUAGAGAAAUAUCCAAAGGAAGCUUCAAUAUUGAGACUUGCGGGAGAAGGGGGGUGGUUUCAUCAGUUCCGAACUGUUACGUUGAUUAGGAUCAGCCCAUUGCCCUACAUUAUGUUUAACUACGCCGCUUGGGCUACCAAUGUCCGUUACACUCCUUACUUGAUGGGGACAUGGGUGGGGAUGUUGCCUGAAGUUUUUAUUGCACUCUACAGUGGGAUUUUGAUACGAUCAUUUGCAGAGGCGACACAGGACAAAAGGAGUCUUACUCCCAAACAGAUAAUAUUCAACGUUGUUGGAUUCUGUGCAUCGGUGGGGGCUACGAUUUUCAUCGGCAUUCGCACCAAGAAGAGACUUGAUCGACUACACGAGCAAGAGUCGAUGCCGGAGUAGGCUGUGAUUUAAGUAUGAGAUGGAGCUUUUAACAAGUUCUGAAUCAUAAUUAGGAAGCCAAUAUAGAAGACA